GAACACACUCCGGGCCUGUUCCCACGCCGGGCUGUCACACACCGGAAAGGAGGAAGCCGGCUGCUUCCGGAUUGACCGGAAACGGAGGACAAAGAGCGGCGUGUUUCCUGCCGGACCGGAAGCGGAAGGCGCAUGCGUCAACCCACGUGGAGCUGUGCUGCCGUACUGCAACUCCCAGCGUCCCCCGCGCGGCGCGCUCUAGUGACGUCACGACGCGACGGCAGGAGAGAGCGCCGCGUUUGGAGGAGUGAAGGCCGCCAUGACCAAGCUGGCUCAGUGGCUGCUCGUCCUGGCCCUGUUGGGCUCCUGUUGGGUCGCUCUGGUUCUGGCCCCGUUCAGCCCGCAGCUCCCGGUGCCGGUCCGGCAGGUCCUGCUCCCUCUCCCCAUUUACCUGCUGGUCGUCUCAGGUUGUUUCUCGUUGGCCGCCGUUGGUUUCCGUGUGGCCACGUUCAAUGACUGCCCGGAGGCGGCGGCCGAGCUGAGGGGUCACAUCGCCAUGGCCAGGGCCGACCUGCGGCUACGGGGGAUGGACCUCAACCCGCAAUAAAGGGCCAGGAUGGGGCUGA